UUAUUUCUGAAUUCUGCGCAGUUAAUGAAAUUAUUUGUUAAUUACCUUUCACCAUGAAUUCAUUUUCAAUUCAUUCCAAUGAUUUUAAAAACUUUUUGCCUCUGAUUUUCAUUAUUGGUCAAUUCACGUAAACACCUUCCAGUCAAUUUUUGCUCCUUCCGUUGCCGUCCGCAAAAAGAUUAUUUUGAUUGAUUAUAAUGUGAUAAUUUAUUUGUUACGGUUAUGAAUUGUAAAAAAAAUUGUUUUAAUCUAAAAAUAUGUAACAAGAUCUGCUAUAAAUUCAAUAACAGUAUGAAUCCCAACGUUAACGAAUCAUUAAAUGUGGACGAAUGUAAAUUAUGACGACUUUUCAAGUGUUAUCAGUGUUUGUAAAUUCGUGUAUAUAGUUGAUUAUUUACAAUUGAAACUGUAUUUUUAAAGAAAUGGACGACAUACUGCUGCAAAAUUUUCCGAAGUCAUCCCCAACAUCUCACAAAAGACACUCAUUGAAAUACGAAGAAUGUUUGAUAAACGGCGAAAAGAUCAAGUUACCUCAGGCACUCUGCGAAAAUACGGAAUUGUUUCAAGUUCUGUUUUCGGUGGAUUCGUGGAACGCGUUCACAGAACAGCAGAGGAGACACUUGAUGCAAUUCCUGCCCAAUUUCGAAGAAAAUGACGCUGAAGAAAAGUCAUGCACUUUGAAAUUACUAUUUUCUGGCGAGGAAUUCCGUUUCGGUGCUAAUCCUUUAACUGAAUUCUGCGAUAAAUUGAACACAGGAUUUUACAGAAGUGAUAUAGUCAACAUGCAAAAACUCGUGAUGAAAGCUAGAUACAGAGAAUAUUUAAAAAAACAACGCAUAUAUUACUAUAAAGUACUUAAACAUAGUUUAACAAUGCGUCAUAAAUUAUUAGAAAAUGUAUCAGAUCUACAACGGGGCUCCACUUUACCUUCGGCGUCCGUAGGUACUAGUCCUUCCAGUUUGAAAAGAAAAAUGGAGCGUAUUUCAUUAGAGAAAAGGGUAAAACACCGAUAUUUUCAAGAGUUGAGUUCGAUUAAAAAAGAAAUAGGCGAUUCGAGUGAUAGCUCAUACGAUGAAAACUAUCCAGAGGGCUUUAUACCACCUCCGUUCACUAAAAAACACAGGAAACAAAUCUGCGUUUUAGAAGAAUCUUUUAAUGAAGAGUUCGAACAACCGACUAUAUCAACCUUAUCUAGACCUGACUGCUUGGAUUUAAGUCGUUUAGUGCUGAAUGUUGAUAAUCCUUUCGAUAUGACUGAGGACAAGUAUAAAGAAAUGGUUAAGCAGUAUCAUAAAUAUAAUCGUAAUUUACAUCCUCAUUUGAAAAUACAGAAAAAAAGUAAACCUAAUAAAUCGCCUGUGGUGCUCAAAGCUUCUAAAGAGAUAAAGCCAGUUAGAAGAAGAAGAACUAGAAAGCCCGCUGCAACUGCGACUAGUCCGAAACAGUCGCCUCUGAAAUCAAUUGAAUUAAUUAAAUCUGAAUCGCAACCUAUUGAUGAUAAUUUUUCAAGUCCUCCAGUCACUAAUUCGUUUACUUUUGUCGAAGUACCUCCUGCUGAAUCGAAAUUCAACUCUGUACAAGUAAAACAAGAAGUCGAUGAAUUUCCAAUCGUAAAAACCGAGCCAAGUAUAUCGGAGGAAGUGAUGAUGAAGAAUGAAUUAGCCAUGAAAGAAGAGCAAGACAAUGCAGUAGCGGCAUUACUUAAACAAGAAGAAGAAGAGGCUAAAGUAAACGAAUACAUAAAAAAUGAGGAAAGUAAAUCAUCGGUUUUACUAUUCGACGAGUUUAAUCAUCACGUUGAUGUAAACAACGACAAAGCUCAAGCUGAUUUCCUCCUGACUCCAGAAAGCUAUAACGUUGCGUUGCAUUCUGUUGUCACUAAUGAUAGUUCCUCAUUCAGCAAAUCUUUAAGCAGUGAUAAAAACACACCAACCGAAACACCAAAUAUAUCAGAAGUUGAUAACUUGACUUUUGAAUCUUUAUCAAUCGAUCAAAUUGCAGAAACUACAUUUGCAAGUUCACCUUCAGUAUCUUCUUGUAUUUCAACUUGUGGAAAUGCUACUUCAACUCAGAGAAUUUCACCAACCGUUACCGAUUUGGAUAAUAUGAACGUAAUGGAUUUAGGCCCUAUGAAUGUUGAAGAGAAUGAACCACCGCCCACUCGAGAUAAGCCGCCGCCUGAACUGAUGCAUAAUGCUCAUACCUGCUUCUUUAGUUUAAUAAGAGAAAUUGUUUGUUCUACUUGGGAUCAUAGAAUGGAUUUGCGUAAUUUACAAAAACGUGUAGAUACGUGGUACGAUAAUGCAGUUUCUCCACUCAACAGUUGGUACACUAAUCAAUCGUGGCCUAGUUUAUUACAAAACGCGGUUACAUUUCUAGCUGGACAGUGUCCUGAUGAUUUACUACCAACCGAUUACGUGCCGUAUAUCGAUUACAAAGCAAAUUUAGAUAUUUACCAAUGGAUUGGCGCUGGCCGCGACUCCGAUGCUAAGUUAAUGCUUUUAUGCGAGGCAUGGCUGAAAAAUAAAGACGAAGUAGCUGCGCGAGUGGUCGAAGAUGAAUCUAUAAUUCCGUUCGUGCUUCGCGAAGAAUUCGAUGUGAAACGCGAACAAAGAUCAGUUUCUCCUGCUUCUUCAAGGUUUCCAACUGACUGGGUCGUUAAGCCUUCUUCGUUCGAGGAAAAGGAAGAUUUUCGGAAACAGGAAUACCAUCGUUUUCAAAAUCCAAAUACACCAUUUGUAUAUCGUAUUCAUGGGUAUCAAACUGUAGUAGGUCCUGUCAAUAUGAAUCACGUGCUUCCAAAUAAUGCCAAAAUUAAUAAAGGCAGCUCCUUACUUAUUGAAAGCAGACCUUAUUUCGUUACUAUUUUAGCUUUAGUUCAAGAUGCAGCCGCUCGGUUACCAAAUGGAGAGGGUACUCGACAAGACAUUGUUACCUUACUAAAAGAUUCUCAAUACUUAUCUAAUAAUGUAAUGAACUGUAUACUUCACGGUGCGGUUACUUACGCUUUAGAAAAAUUACAAAUUGAAUCGGAUCCGUGCGUCAAAUACGACGCUAGAAGGAAAAUUUGGAUUUAUCUUCAUAGAUCGAGAACGAUUAGUGAUUUUGAAAUGAUCGAAGCUGUUAAACCGAAAAUUUCAAGAAAAACUCCAGUUUGGAAACUACGUAAAGACUUCGCUCCUGUAACAAAUGUUGCAUCUGUAAAGCCUGAUUUUCGAUCAACGGAUCCGAUAAAUGUUCGCGUUACUAAAGAACCCAAAGCGAAUGCCAGAGGACCUAAGAACGCAGUUGUUAAAUCAGCUGACGCUAAGCCUGUCGCCAAAAGAGCAACUACUGCUCAACGCAAUACUAAAGAUGAAAAGACUAAAUUACCUCAAACUGCGAUCAUUCAGACUACAAUACCAGAUACCGUUUGUCAAAAUAUUGAUAAAUUAGCAGAUUCGCAAAUUAUUAGCUUUCAAACUGCCGCGGUUGCGGAGAAACCCAGAGCAGUUGUUCGCACUCCUGAUGCGAAGGCUUCUCCUAAACCUGUUGCCAAGACAGUUCGGCCGUCCAUUAUCAAAAAAGCUAUUAUCAAAGAAGGUUUUACAACUAGUCCUGCGACAAAUAAUUUAACUAAAACCAAUAUUGCCGAUGCUAAGUCAAUUAUUGCCAGUUCCAGUAUUCUUUCUCCAAAUACUAUUGUUAAAUUAAUCAAUGCAAAGACAUUAACGAGCAAUGAAGCCGUGAAAUGCGCCAAACCCAUCACUCAAAUCUCUCCUCAACAAAUAGUAGUAAUUAAACAAGAAGAUAAUUCUGACAAAAAACACACCGUUGUGCUAAAACAAGUGCAACCAGGGCAAACUCCUCAGCAACGAAUAGCGCUUGCGAAUUUGCAAAAAACUCAACGACAGCAGCAGCAGAAGCAAUUAGAACAACAACUGAUAAACGCCGAUACACGCAAUUGUAAUGUCGUCGAAAAUAGAUCGAACGAAGUACAAAAAGUGACUUCGGAUGGGGUGGAAAUGAGUAAGCAAGAUUUACUUGAAAAACACCAGAAACAACUGCAGCAAUUACUAGUGAAACAUCAAAACGAGCUGAAAAUGCAACAAAGCGGAGCCAGUAAAGAUCAACCUGUGCAAAGCGUUACAAUACAGCAACCUAAAACCUUACCGAAACAGAUGAUAGUAAUAAAACAAAACCAAGGUCAGAUCGUAGCUGAAACGCAAAACGUGCUGAACGAAGAAGAAUCGCCCUCACAGAAUACCAAACAUAUUUCUGCGUCGCCUUUAGUUAUUCUGAAUAAACAACAAUAUCAGCAACAAGUAUCGAAUUCGAAACACCAAAUUAUACAAUUAUCAGGCCAGCAAUUAUCAACGCAACAUAUUCAACAAUUAUUGCUAAAACAACAACAGCCGAUAAAACGUGCUAAUCCGCAACAACAGAUAGUGAUGCUGAAGCCCGAACCGCAGCAGCAAGGCCAACAGCAGAUCGUUAUGCUGAAACAGCAACCUCAGCAACAACAACAGUUAGUAAUGAUUAAGCAAGCAACGCAGCAGAAUCAAAAAAUUCAGCAGAAACAACCUCAGCCGCAGAUUAUACAGAUAGCAAAUAGCGCCGGUAUCAUGACUCCUUAUUCGGCGGACAUUACAAAGCUGCAAGCUGCCGUAUCUUCAACUUCCACUGCUAGAUUACAAAAAAUACAGACUUCUGUGACCCCUGCAAUUAUUCAGAAUUCAAAACCUGUAACAGUUUUGGCGACUGGUACUACAAUUUCAGUUGCUGUUAGUAAACCGAGUCUUCCCACGUAUACAGUUGUAGCUCUGAAUCAACAACCAAAGAUGUUUACGCAGAAUAAUCAAAAUGUACAAAUUCUCACUCCGGCCGCUACAACCGUUAAUAAUAAUCAGACCGUGGUAUUGCCUACUACAUCGGGAGGAGCUCUAACGUUACUUCAGCAAACGCCAGUUCAACAAGUUCUUUUACCUUCUGCUUUUAAUGCGCCUGGUAUGAUAAAUUUGAAAACAUUGCAAGGCCUCAAGGUUAUUCCGAUUUCUGCCCAAAAUGCUGGAUCUCUGAGAGGACAACCUGUUAUUACCAGGUUAGUUAAUUCAAACGCGAUUCGACCUGUUGUAAUUCAAGAAGAUAUCAACUCAGCUAAUGUAUCAAAUUCUAAUGUAACGCAUCAGUAAGUAAUAAUAUUAAUUUGACUUGUGAUAUAACAAAUUGUAAUUUUUUAUUUGUAGAUACCUAUAUUUUUUGUAUAGUUCAUUUGACGUUGUA